GCCUCAAGUUCAGCUCCAAGUGGGUUGGUAGAUCAGCGAGACUUUUACUGUUCCCCUGUCCCGCAAUGGAGUUCAUAUCCAGGGCAAUUAUAACGGUAUUACUUGUAGCGGCUUGGAUAGUCACAAUUAGUAUCUCGGGCGCACAAAGUGCCUUAAAACCCCCGGUCUGGCCUUCCAGCUUCUCGGUAAGAUUUCACGAGAAGGACUUCAGCAUCUUCCACAAGCCAGUAUCGACCGAAAACGACGGCGCGUGGUACUACGACUACUCCAUCCCGGCGGCACGACACGAUCACCUGCAGGGACAGAACAACUCGUUCUGUCAGGGACGCGGUCUAAACCUGACGGACCCUCACGCUGACUGCAGCCUGUUGUACGUGGAUAACAGAGAUAUGUUCGUGCACUACCCUGGGGAGCGGCAGUGUUGUCGGGCCUGUGGACCUGCUGAGGGCUGUACCAUGAUGUCUCAGACUAACCUGGCUCAAGCGACCAACGAGGCCAACGACACGGUGAACGGGACGGCGUGCAUCGGCUGGUUCAUACCGCCAGAAAAGUACCCUGUCGAUCACUGGUACAUGACUGAAAGCGGCGUCCCGUGCUCUUGGCAGACAAUACCGAUCGUACAUCCCAUCAUAGUCAGCAUCCACUCCCUGACGUUCAACCAGCACAGCUACCACGUGGGCCCCAUACCCCGGGGCCUGUUAAAAGUGCCGAGCUACUGUCUGAACAUCUGCCCUCACCCUUAUGUACCACCUUAUUGAUU